CAUGACCCCCCGGCGGAAACGGAACCUCACCUACGCUUUCAUCGCAGCAGCCAUCUUCGGCCUCUACUACCUAUGGAGUAGCCCAAUCGAUCCAUACAAUGUACCAUUCCAUCGUCACGUACUGUGGAUGAACGACCGAGCGAACGCAAACUCGUAUACCUCGAAAGCAUCCUACGAUUGGCGGAAAGCUCCGUUCCAACAUAAAGUCAAGCAGUAUAUGCCCAUGCCAAAGGGACUGCCAAAAUCGUUUCCCGCCGUGCAACACAAAUUCACAUCUGAGCCAUCGUCGCUUACAAACAAACGUGAGAUGCGACGUAUGGCGGUUCGGGACGAAUUCGUACGCAGUUGGAAAAGCUACAAACAGUACGCAUGGGGCAAAGACGAGCUCUCCCCCGUUGAUGGCAGAGCGGCAGACUCAUUCGGUGGUUGGGGAGCAACAUUGGUGGACUCGCUCGACAGCCUUUGGAUCCUCGGCCUCAAAGACGAUUUCUACAAAGCCGUGGAGGAAGUUGCGGCGAUUGAUUUCGGCAAGACUGAUUCGACCACCAUCAGCGUGUUCGAGACUACAAUACGAUACCUGGGUGGCUUUCUGAGCGCAUAUGAUCUCAGUAACGAGAAGGUAUUGCUAGAGAAGGCGAUACAAUUGGGCGAGAUGCUUUAUCGCGCAUUCGAUACACCUAAUAAUAUGCCGCUGGAUCGCCUGCUCGUCGAACCAGCAAAGGAUCCAAACGCAGCGCCCAACGCUGCAUCAGUCAAUAUCUGUUUCGCGGCCUUUGCGUCACUGACAAUGGAGUUUACUAAACUCGCUCAGAUUACUCAGGAGCCUAAAUACUACGAUGCCGUUGCUCGUGUUACCGCUAUUCUGGAUCGCACACAGAAUACGACGAGAAUUCCGGGCCUCUUCCCCAUCUCCAUAGAUGCAGUCAACGAAGAUGUGAGCUUUGGUUCGCAGUUUACGGUCGGCGCCUUGGCGGACUCUUCGUAUGAAUACUUUCCUAAAAUGCACGCUCUUUUAGGGGGUCUGGAGCCUGCAUACGAGAACCUCUGGAAGUCAUCGGCAAGCAUGAUUGACAAGCACAUGCUUUUCCGCCCAUUGCUUCCCGAUAGCAAACGUGGAAGCGAACUACUUUUUUGCGGCGAUGUUAGUGUCAACGAUGAAAAAAUCAGCCUACAACCCGAAAUGCAGCAUUUGACAUGCUUUAUUGGGGGGAUGUAUGGACUGGCUGGACGCCUCUUCUCUAAUGAGCAUCACCUCGACCUCGGCGCUAAAUUGACGGAGGGAUGCAUUUAUGCGUACAAGAGCAUGCCCAGUGGUAUCAUGCCCGAAAUUUUUAAUAUUGCUGCUUGCGACGAUCGACACACGUGUCCCUGGAACGAGACUGCUUGGGAGGAGGGUGUCCGCCGGUACAGCUAUACAAGGACUGAAGCAGAUCUGAAAAAAUUUGUCGCCGAUGAAAAGCUGCCACAAGGCUUUACAUAUAUUCGUGACAAGAGAUAUCUGCUGAGACCGGAAGCCAUUGAAUCAGUGUUUAUCAUGUAUCGCAUAACCGGAUACGAAGAAUAUCUCGACCACGCGUGGGACAUGUUCACGUCAAUCGUAGAAACUACGAGGACCUCAUUUGGUAAUGGGCAAGUUUUCAAUGUCAUGAAAAAUCCGCCCGCCAUGCCAGAAAAUAAGAUGGAGUCGUUCUGGCUGGCGGAAACGCUGAAGUACUUUUAUCUUAUCUUCAGUCCACCGGACAUGAUCAGUCUGGAUGAAUGGGUAUUCAACACCGAAGCACAUCCAUUUCGAAGACCAGGGUUGUACAAAACAAAAGGAUGAGAGGGACUGGAGAUUAUCUCGAAUGUUGUGGGGAUCGGUGGAAGGUGGAAAAUGCGCGCUAUCGUUUAAGUGAUACCCAUCAAGAGCAACGGAAAGCUUCUUGGUUCUGCAGUUUGAUAUUCUU